AUGGAUCCCCCCAGGCACCCGUUUAGGGGCUCUCCCUUACGCCUCCCUUUUGGCCUUGACUCUAAGGAAGAGGCGUCCCAUGAAAGACCUGUCCCUCUAACAAGAGGCCGCGCAAUUGGAACAGCUUCUCCACCAUCUUCUGACCCCUCUCAAAAGAGCCCAGUGGACACGAGGACUGUGCUGCCUCAUCUCUUCCGUGGACUGGGGUUUGAAACGAAACCUCCUGCUGUCCCUGGCAGAGGGAUGCACGUCAUGGGCAGGGGGAUCCUUGCUACUCUCAAUUUGGGAGAGGGUGAUGGCCGACUCUCUUCACCUCCUCCUGCUCAUAAAGUGACUACAUUGCCCGAAGCUAUGGCAGCUGGUGAUGAUGGUGGGAGAGUGACAACUGGAAGAGCCAGAUCCUCAAUCCCUCCCGUGGGUGCGGAAAUGCCGCCUGCCCACCGUGGCAGGGGUAUUAUGAGUGCGCAAAUAUCUCCUCCCUCAAGUGUUGAACAAAAAGCUGUGGAGAGUCCUACCCUGGAGGUGACCGUGCAGAAAGAGGAGAGGAGAGAACCACUUGACAAGCAGGGCUGCAAAGGGAUGCCUUGUCCACUUGGUCUGAACCUCGUUAAGAUCUACUGCAAGAAUGAGGCUGUGUAUCAGUACCAUGUCUCCUACACUCCCAAUGUGGAGUGCCGCGGUAUGCGAUUUGGGAUGAUGAAGGAUCAUCGCUCUGUAACAGGAGAGGUUUCUGCCUUUGAUGGAUCCAUUCUUUACCUACCUGUUAAACUAGCACAGGUAGUGGAACUGGAGAGUGAACGGCGGACUGAUGGACAGAAGAUCAAAAUCACCAUUCAGAUGACCAAGAUCUUGGAUCCCAGUUCCGACCUUUGCAUUCCCUUCUACAAUGUAGUAAUUCGGAGGGUGAUGAAAAUCCUUGACAUGAAACUGGUUGGCAGGAAUUUCUUUGACCCGUCGAGUGCUACUGUGCUGCAGCAGUACAGGCUUCAGGUGUGGCCAGGAUUUGUUGCCAGUAUACGCAGAACAGACGGGGGUCUUUUCCUCCUAGCAGAUAUCACCCACAAGAUAAUCCGCAAUGAUUCUGUGCUGGACAUCAUGCAUGUCUUGUACCAGCAGAACCCAGAAAACUUCCAGGAUGAAGUGACAAAGCAGCUUCUCGGCAACAUAGUAAUUACUCGAUACAACAACCGCACCUACCGCAUUGAUGACAUUGAGUGGAGCAAGAGCCCCAAGGAUACGUUCACCAUGACAGAUGGAACCAAUAUCACCUUCCUAGAAUAUUACAGUAAGAACUACGGUAUCACCGUGAAAGAAGAGGACCAGCCUUUGCUCGUUCACAGGCCUAAAGAAAGGAAGGUUGCGCAGAGCAAAAUACAAGGGGUAGUGCUCCUUCUCCCUGAACUUUCUUUUAUGACUGGGAUUCCUGACAAAAUGAGAAAAGACUUUCGGGCAAUGAAGGAUUUAACCCAGCAGAUCCAUCUGAGCCCGAAGCAGCACUACAUCUCAUUGGGAAAGAUGCUGAAGAGAAUCGAGACCAGUGAACAGGCACAAACAGAACUUCAGCGCUGGGGCUUACAGCUAGACUCUGACAUACACAUGACAUCUGGCAGGGUCCUUCCUCUGGAGAAGAUCAACCUGAGAAGCCUGUCCUUUCCACCGGGGGAAGAUCUCAGUUGGACCCGGGAAGUGACGCGCGAGCCUUCAAUCUCUUCGGUCCCUCUACAUUAUUGGGCUAUGCUCUACCCAAAGCGUGCUGCGCCCCAGGCCCGCGAGCUUUUCAGUAUGUUUGCAAAGAUUGCCGGUCCUAUCGGUAUGCAGGUGAACCAACCCAACUGUGUGGAGCUCCGGGACGACCGCAUAGAGACUUACGCCCGGAGCAUCAGGUCGCUGCUGGAUGGCGAGGAUAAAGUACAGCUGCUCGUAUGUAUUAUAUCCGGAAACAGAGAUGACCUGUAUGGUGCCAUCAAAAAGCUGUGUUGCGUCCAGACCCCUGUUCCAUCGCAGGUGAUCAACACAAAAACCAUCUCUCAACCCCAGAAGUUGAGGAGUAUCGCACAGAAAAUCCUUCUGCAGAUGAAUAGCAAACUUGGAGGGGAGCUGUGGAGUGUGGACAUCCCACUUAAAAAUCUGAUGGUGAUUGGAAUGGAUGUUUAUCAUGACCCCAGUCGGGGCCUGCGUUCUGUCCUUGGGUUUGUGGCCAGCAUCAACCAUCACCUGACCCAGUGGUACUCCCGUGUAGUCUUCCAGCUCCCCCAUCAGGAGAUCAUGGACAGCUUGAAACUUUGUCUGGUAGCUGCCCUACAAAAAUUCUACGAGGUGAAUCACCGGCUACCAGAGAAAAUUGUGGUGUAUCGAGAUGGUGUGUCGGAUGGACAGCUGAGUGCAGUUGAGAAUUAUGAGAUCCCGCAGCUGCAAACAUGUUUUCAGACGUUUGAGAAUUACUCUCCACGCAUGGUGGUCAUUGUAGUGCAGAAAAGGGUCAGCACCAACAUGUACUCCACAAGCACAGGGCAGUUUGUCACUCCUGCUCCAGGGACGCUCUUGGAUCACACAGUGACCAAUCGUGACCGCAUUGAUUUCUUCUUACUCUCUCACCACGUGAGGCAGGGAUGUGGGAUCCCAACACACUACAUAUGUGUUCUAAACACCACUAACCUGAGUCCCGACCAUUUACAGAGAUUAACCUUCAAGCUGUGCCACAUUUACUGGAACUGGCCUGGCACCAUCCGGGUCCCGGCUCCGUGCAAAUACGCCCAUAAACUGGCAUUUCUCUCUGGGCAGUUCCUUCACCACGAGCCAUCCAUCCAGCUCUGCGACAAGCUCUUCUUCCUGUGAGCGAGCGGCCUGGUGGACACCAUCCCAGAAGAGAGCGGCCCCCGG